AGCUCUGGCCGAAUCACAAGUUGUCGAGACGGAGAGCCGCGCGAACGCGUUUAAAAAAAUUAACAUUUGAAAAUCGAACGUUUAUAUUCCCGCGGCAUUUAUUUGUUGUGUGAUUACAUUUAAAGCGUGUGUUUUUAAAAAUAAAGAUGGAGGGCUGCGGUAUGAAUUGUAUAAAAUACCUUCUGGUUGUAUUUAACGCGCUGUUUAUGGUCUUCGGUAUCGUGAUCAUAGCAGCAGCAUGCGUGGACAUGGGAGUCAUGCGAGACUUCGCUGGGAUGGAGACGACUGGUCACGAGACGGAUGUCGUAUUGAUUGUCGUUGGUGUGCUGAUCAUCAUCGUGGCUGCCUUCGGCUGCUUUGGGGCUUGGAAGGAGAGUCCUAAGCUUCUGUAUAUUUUUGCCGGAUUCCUCAUCAUCAUCAUAUUAUUGGAGUUGUCCGUGGGAAUUGCUGCAGCUGCCUUACGCCCGCAAAUCGAAGGAACUAUGAAGACCCAACUGCGCGCCUCCUUCAUCAAGAACAAGUCUACACGAGAGGAAGACUCCACCUAUAGGGAGUUCUGGGAUCGCGUACAGAGCAACCUGGAAUGCUGUGGAGUCACCGGCCCUGAUAACUACGUAGCCUCUGAGCCUCGCCUGAACCCAUCGUUCAGCUGCUGCCCUCCAGAUGGCACUGACCGCGCUGAUGAAAUCAAACGCUCCGAUUGCAUCUCCCUCUCCAAAUACUACCAGGAAGGCUGUGAGGACAAGGUUCUUAGCACCGUACACAGUGCUGGCAUGACUGUCAUUGUUUGCGGCAUUCUCUUCUGUUUUUUGGAGGUAAUAGGAAUAGUCCUCGCGCUGUGGCUCGCGCACUCCAUCAAAACCCAAGACAAGGGACGAGAAACCGCUUAAACAUAUACUAAAGCACCGUACUAAAAUAAAAUAAUUUAUUUUUUCAC